AUGGUCCAAAUCUAUGGGCCCAUCUGCUUUGCCUUGCAACUUCAAAAGGAGAGGCAUCUAUCCAAUGAAGCGGCAGUAUUGCCAGGCUGCUAUGCUUCUGCCCCCUGA